CAAAACUUUUUUCUCAGCGAAAGUGAAUUGAGUAACAUUAAUUGAAUUUCCGUAACAGUAUGUAUAACAUAUUACAUUCGCUGCAGUAGUGUUUGUCAUUUGUUUUAAAAUAUUAAACAAAAACAUUACAUUUACGAAAAAGCCAGAGUCGAAAAUCAACUGGAAUGUAUCAGUUUGAAGCAUUAUAUUUUUUUCAUGGAUAUUAUAUAAAGUAAUAUGUUUUUUCGACAAUUAUUUGCGCAUACAAAUAACGACUCGAGAGUGAGUGAUUUAUAACAUUUAAAAAUCACUAAUUUUUGUCAAUAAAAUAAUCGUCAUGGAGUAUAAUACAUAUUACCAAAUAUUGACGUAUAUUUGUUAUUUUUUCUUAAUUUUUAUAAUAUUAAAGUUAUUAAACAUUGUAACUAAAGGAAAAUGUAAAAUCCCUAAAAGAUUGGAUGGUCAAGUCAUAAUUAUUACUGGAUCAAGUAGAGGAAUUGGAAAAUGUACCGCUUUAAAUCUGGCGAAAAGAGGUGCAAAAAUUAUCAUAGCAUGUAAUGAUAUAACUGAAGCUAAUGAAGCUAGAGACGAAAUAAUACAAGCGUCUGGUAAUAAAAAUAUUGAGGCACACUUUUUGGAUUUAAGCUCAUUUGAUAGCGUAAGGAAAUUUGUAAAAAAUAUUUAUGCAACUGAAAAACGAUUAGAUGUUCUCAUUAACAAUGCAGGUAUUGCUGUAAAUUCGAAUAAAAAAACUGAAGAUGGUUUAGAAUUAGGAUUGCAAGUUAAUCAUUAUGGACAUUUUUUGCUGACUAAUUUAUUAAUCGAUUUAUUAAAAAAAUCAACACCUAGUCGAAUAAUUCACGUGUCAUCUCUAUUGCACUUAUUGGGAAGAUUAGAUUUUCAAAAUAUGAAUUCUGAAAAAGGACAUAAUUGGCUUACACUUUAUAGUGACAGUAAAUUGUAUAAUGUGUUAGGUAGUAAUCAAUUUGCAGAACGUUUGGAAGGCACUGGUGUUACAUCAAAUUGUGUGUAUCCUGGUUGGGUCAAAACUAAUCUUUUUGAACAAAUUUUCCUACCAGCCAGAAUCUUAAUUGUUAGUUUGGCAACAUUGCUCUUCAAGACACCAGAAGAAGGUGCACAGACAUCCAUUCAUUUAACAGUUAGCGAUGAAGGGUCAAAAGUAUCGGGAAAGUAUUUUGUGGACUGUAAGAACAUGAACUUUUUCAAUCGUCCAUAUAGUAAUGAAGAUAAACAAAUGUUUUGGAAUAAAUGCUGUGAUCUUGUAGGACUAAAACCAGAAGAAAAAUUAAUUUAAUGAUGGAUAUAUGAGAAAAAUUUUUAAUUAUACAUAUUUUCAAUAUUUGUAAAUUAACUUAUCAAUUAUAUAUACAAAUAAAAUAUAGACAAUUAUCUA